AUGAUUUCUCUCAGGUGUGUUGACAUAACUGGCAUCAAUGUCACUGAGGAGGCAGAAUUAAAACUAAUAUUUUUUGAUCCUUUCUCUCAAACCAGACUAGGAAAUGAGAGCAACCCAUUUGUUGUUGAUGCCAGGGUUGCUCAUGUCCCAGUACAUGAUGACAUUGAAGAUAAUCAAGAAUUUAAUGGCAUGUGAGUCUUACAUUAAUUUAUUCAAGAAGCAUUUCAGGCGAUUCAGGCUAUAAUAUUUUAGUAAAAUCCAACUAGUGGUCUAUUACCAAUGCUGCAUUCUGAUUGGUUGAGCUACUACUAGGCUAUAUGUUAUAGCCUACUAGUAGCGAAAAGCACCAGUUUUGAAAACCAAAACAAUGGCGGCUGAAUCGCGUUUUGCUAGCGAAAGUUGUUUUGUCUCGAUAUUUUUUACCAACUAGUUGGGUUUUACUAAAACAAUUAUCCUCUCACCCUCAUGGCCUCUGAGUCAAUAGUCCAUUCGGCCUUCAGCCUCAUGGGCUAUUGACUCAGAGCCCAUUCAGGCUUGAGUAAUAAUAUUAUUGUUAGUUAAGGAUCAGUUAAAACCAACUUUAAAGCCCAGUAGAAUGUCUUCAUGCAUCUAACCAACUUUUAAGCCCAGUAGAAUGUCUUCAUCUACCUCAACUAUGAUUUGCUGCACUUGUCGCUAACCAGGACAACUAAGUACCAGGGCUCCUUCUUGUUCAGCGGGGCCAAGAUCUGGAACACGCUUCCCCUGAGGAACAAGCAUGAUAUUAAUAGUUAAGUCUGACCUAAAAAUUCACUUCAGAUCCUUGCCAAAUCGAGUGUCUCAUACCUUUGAUAUACUAUUGUGCUAUUUUUAUUUCUAUUGUGUUGCAAGUUGUUUUUCUUUUCUAUCAGAGCCCCGUUUACACAAGUUUUGCUGAAUUGGGCAUUUCCGUAAAAAUAUUGGUAAUAAAUGAACAUAAUUGUAAAUCUCCUAGAGGUUAGAAUUAUAUGUACCACUUGUGCACUGUGUUUUUCCUUAGAUGUGCAUGUUGUGUGUUGUGAAAUCCAUUUCACUAGGGUAUUUAUUGUUCAUUUCAGGUUGUCAAAGGUCCUACUAGAGGACUGCAGGAAGACAGUGAUGUUGCUGAGAGUGAUGCAUGUAGUGAAGUAGGCAGUGAAGAAGAUGAUGGAGUAGAGGAGAGGCUAGAGCUAAUACUUGAUCCUUUGUCUUGCCAAGAGACUUCUGAAAAUGAGUGAGAAUUUUUCUGUAUGUUUCUUUAUUGUUCUCAGUUAUCUUGUAAUAUAUUGUUGAAAAGAUGUGCUUUGUAGUUGUGAUAUCAUGUGACUUGUGAAAUUUUUCCACUCAGAAAAAAAAAACUUUCCUAUGAGAAGAUUUUGUACAGUUAAUAAUAAUCAGCUCAUACAUGACAUAUGCAUUCUCUUGUUUAGGUACCCUCCCAUUUUGCAUUUUAUUCCAUGAACUUGAAGUAGACAGUCAGGUGAACUACGUAAGCAUCUUUUCCCUCACAACUUACAGUGUAUGCACUGUUUCUUGUGAAUUACGUGGCUCAAAAAUCAGCAGCCAGGCCUGCGUCACUCCAUUUCCAUGGUCACUUUUUUCUCCACUCCCUUGCUCACAAGAAAAAAAUCCUGAUUGCAGGUUACCAGCUGCCAGCACUUAUUGAGAACCCUGUGUAAGCAUAUACUGUACAGGGUUACUUUAUGGGUUACUGUAUUUGAAAAAUAAACAGGUAGAUAUUUCUACAACAUUUUGUUUUUCAGAAACUAUUUCGGGUUGACUUCAGUGACUAUCCUGAUCAUGAUGAAGCUACUGCUGUGCCAAACAGCGAGGAUGCCGCUCUUACCAUUCUUGUCUCAGAGGCUGAUAGGAAUGCCUAUCAUGUGGAGACCAUUGCCGAGUCUCACCAUACCUUGCAGAGUGAACUGGAAGAGGUUUACAAAAAAAAACGGGAGAUAGAUAAAAGAGAAUUGGACUUGUCUAAAAAACCAAAAGUGUUGGUCUCUAUUGAUAAGAUCAAAGAAUUGUUUCCAGAGACUUGUUGUGCGUGUGGUGGUGCCAUUUCUUUGAAGCAAACAAUGUCAGGUGCUGUACUAACAUUACGGUGGAACUGUGACAGUGGGCACUUUGGAACCUGGGCUUCCUCAGAUGUUCUUACUGUAAGAAAUAAUCAGAAAGUGUAUGUGAACAAUUUUCAAAUGGCAGCAGCUAUUACUCAGUGGAAAUAA